AGAUCGAUGACUUAGUAUUAAACACGUCUCAACAGCAAAGUGAUUGUACAAUGAAAUCAGGAAUAAUAAAUCCCAUAAAACAUGUAGCAAUCUAUAGGUAGACCGAUGGUAAAAAAUUAAUUGUAUUGAUCGAAGUCUCAUGACGUUCCCGAUUAGUAAGCACCCCAAAGUGUACUCGUAUGUCCAUGAACCUGCAGAAACGGCUUUUGCCCGGUACUGUGAGCGUAUAUAAGACUGACGACGAGCUAUUACAAAGCGCAGUGUUAGAUUACCACCUCGACGUCAACAACGAGCAUCGUGUUAUUGGCAAACCGGUGUUCCCACAUUCAGUGACCCGUUAAAUGGUUCAUCGUGAUCGCAGCUGAAAUUUUAAAGAAUCGAUCGUUAACACACCGAGCUUCGACAUGGAGACUGUGCUAUCCACGAACUUAGACAACUCUGGCCGAAUAGAUGCCAACAAGACCAACUUCGCGAAAGAUGUGCCCAAAAUUGCGAGAUACACGCUGGCGGAUUCAGCGGACAACAACAUUGGAAUGGAUUAUCAUGUACAAAUAGUUACGAAGGACGAUAAGCUUAGGAUAUUGAAAUUCCUCAGAAGGUUUUUCUUCAGAGACGAGCCGCUUAAUCACUGUAUCCAGCUAAUACCUGAAAGCGAGGACAGCACUUGUCUCGAAUUAGAGGAAUACUGUAGUAUGUCCACGCUCGAGAACAACCUUAGCCUUAUGGCGGUUUCAACCAGUGGUGCUAUUGUAGGUGUUCUCUUAAAUGGAAAAAUGGAUCCCCCCUGCGAGGGAGACCCGGAAUACAUCACCUCGUGUGAAAAUCCAAAAUUCAAGAAAAUUCUGAGGUUACUGCGGUACGUGGACCAAAAUGUGAAUCGCAGUGGACAGUAUGAAGGUCUGAAUAUCCUGGAGAUCAGAAUACUCUCUGUGGACAGUAGCUGGAGGGGCAAAGGGAUUGCCAAGACUCUUGUGGAAAAAACUAUUGAAAUAGGAAAGGAAAAGGGCUUUCACAUGGUACGCGCUGACUGUUCGUCCUUUUUCUCCGGCAAACUUUGCGCACGACUAGGCUUCGAACGGAUAUACGAAUUGAAAUAUGCGGAUUACGUGGACGAGGAUGGUAAUCCUGUGUUUAAUCCAGCGUUCCCACACACGUCGAUUAUUUCGUACAUCAAGAAACUGUAACAGACACAGCAGCACGAUAUGUUAUCAACAUCGAGUACCUGUUUAGAACGAAGAAUAAUUUUUAUAAACGCACUCCAAACUUUGUAUUGUAUUCCACCUUGCGGCGAUUAUUCGGAUCUAUUGUACAUUUUCGUUUCUUAAAUAAACCAUUAAUUUAUUUAUUACUUUUAUACCAAGUGAUGUCGCACUGGGAUAAUUUAUCGUCUUCGUGUAAAAAUUAUAUGAUGUUAAUAUGAUACUAAUGAUAUUGUGCACUUAAUGAGUGGAACUCGGAAACGAGUAUUAAUCACAUUGUCAAUGAUGCAAACAAAUUUACUUUGUUAAAUAUUCUGAAAAAAUACAUAUAAAUUUGUUGCUUUGGUGUGAUCAAUUUGCACGGAAAUAUAAGAAUAAGAUGAUUUGUAUUUAAAUGGAUUCCUAAUGCUAUUAAACUUUU